GUUAAAUUGGGAUUAUUGCACAUGCGUUUGAAUGUAAUGCAGCUUUACCAUUUCACUGCUCUUUGCUCUGCCUUCAAAAACGCUUGGUGUCCUUCACAAAUUUUGUAAGUUCCCUAUCGGAGGUUUGGAUCUUGUUGAUCAGCAUUCUUGCAAACAAGAUUUAUCCUUUGGUUGUACCAUAGGCAACCACCUGACAAAGUUCAAGAUCUGUUUCAAGAGCUCUGAGGAGAACCUAGAGGUGAACUCAGCAGCAGCCUCGUCGGCCACAGUAUCGUCGUCGACAAGGCUUCCAGAGGAUCUGCACGAGUGCAUUGUGCUUUUUAAGCAAAUCGAAGAUAGAGGCAACAUUGAUGAGCUAAUCCAUAUGGCCCAACAAAUUCUUCAGAGAAUAAAGUCUAAACAACAAAAUAACCCUGAAAAUGCCACCACAAGCUCUCAACUAUAUCAGGGAACAGAACAAGAAAGCGGCAUAUGGACGUCUAUUACUAAUAAAGGCUCGCAAUUCCAAGGGUUUUUAAAUAAAUUUGGAUCAUCGGAAGCUUUGCAUCAAUCGAUAAAAAUUGCUGCAGAGAUGCUUCAACAAGGAGGACAAAUAAGUUCGAUUGGGGCAGGGUUGUCAACAAUCGCAUUUGUAUUGUCCAAAUAAGAAAAAAUGUGAGAUAAUCAACCUGAAUG